GAUGAUGAAUAUGAAGGCAUGCUGAGCUGUGCCGGAGCGCAGCGCUCGCCGACCGCACUCCCUCCCGGCCUCAAGGACUGCGGGGCUGCCUCGCUGCCUCCCCCGCCCGCCGCUGGCAGCAGCAACCCCCGAAGUUGGGAUGCUUUUCUUCACCCAGUGCUUUGGGGCUGUCUUAGAUCUCAUUCACCUGCGGUUUCAGCACUACAAAGCGAAGAGGGUUUUCUCGGCCGCCGGGCAACUCGUCUGCGUCGUCAACCCAACGCACAGCCUGAAGUAUGCACCAACCCGUUGUGUGGUCGCACAGACAUCCACGGAGCAAGGCAGCCUUCCUCCCUGCCAUCACCAUGAAGCAGUGCACGACCCCCAGCUGGUUCCCUGCACGUGUCCGCUCUUCUCCUGCCCAUGGGAAGGGCACCUGGAGGUGGUGGUGUCCCACCUGAGGCAAACUCACCGCAUCAACAUCCUUCAGGGGGCAGAGAUUGUCUUCCUGGCCACGGACAUGCACCUGCCCGCACCCACAGACUGGAUCAUCAUGCACUCUUGCCUUGGCCACCAGUUUUUGCUGGUUCUCAGGAAGCAGGAGAAGUACAAAGGCCACCCCCAGUUCUUCGCCACCAUGAUGCUGAUCGGCACACAAACCCAGGCCGACAACUUCACCUAUCGGCUCGAGCUCAACAGGAACCAGAGGCGCCUCAAGUGGGAGGCUACUCCCAGGUCGGUGCUGGAGUGCAUUGACUCUAUCAUUUCAGAUGGGGAUUGCCUUGUGCUGAACACUUCCCUGGCUCAGCUCUUUGCCGAUAACGGGAGCCUAGCAAUAGGAAUUGCAAUAACCACCAGCAAUGUUCACAACAGCGAAGCUGAAAUCUGAGGGCGAAGAGGAAGAGAAGGAGGAGGAGGAAUAAUGGUGCUCUAGCUGCUUCGUGAGAGCCAGAACUUGCAGACUUUUUGGGGGGGUCUCAGGUCUUUUAUGGUAUUUAGUACUGGUCCACAGUGGGCAUUAUGUAAACAUCCCGUGGUUACGGUCUCUGUGUUAUGUAUUUACUGUUUUGUUAAUACAAUUUUAUGAGAAAUUUUUAA